ACAACUUUGAAUUUUGUAUCUACGGCUCAAAGUUCGAAAUACUUUCGUAAUGUUCUUUUCUGCAUUUACCUGAAGUUCUCAGAAAUGACUUUCCUCUAUUUUGCUUAUGCUAGUAAUUUAUUUACUAAGCGUAUGAGAUUAAAUUGUCCGUCUGCAAAACCGAAGUGUGUUGCUGAAUUAAAAAAUUUUCGGUUCGCCUUCAUUGAAUAUGCUGAUCUUUGGAAAGGUGGAUGUGCCACAAUAGUUGAAGAUGAUGUGGAUUCUGUUUGGGGUGUUGUUUGGGAAAUAUCUAAAGAGCACGAAGAAGCCUUAAACAAACAAGAAGUUGGCUACACUCCCAUACAUGUCAAAGUAUAUAAAGAUAAUGUUGAACUUCCUUGCAAAACUUAUCAAAGACCACCUUGUAUUGGUAUCAGCAAACCGUCUCUGAUUUAUAAAACUGUGUUUGUACGAGGCGCCAAGGAGCAUGGAUUACCUGAAUGGUACAUAAAGAAACUCGAAGCAAUUGAAGAUAAUGGCUAUGUAGGACCUGUUGGAGUGCCUGUUGAUAUUGAGGUGUAAACAGUAAUGGCUUCCAAAAGUUUGCAUGCAGGACUGGAUUUAGGGGAGGGCAGUGGGGCUACUACCCCAGCCCCCCCCCCCCCCCAGUAAAAUUUUUACAAAAUAUCCUAACUUUCACGGGUCAGCAAAUUUUACGUUUUUUCUCCCUGACUUUUUUUUUGUAUUUCUACAAAGAAUGCUUGCACAAAAAAAAAUAUUAUUAUCGAUAUAUCAGAAAGCCCUGAUUACAAGUUUCCAUUUACUAUCAAUUUUUUAUUUGAUCGAGCAUUUCAGUGGCAAUAUUUUUUUUUUUAUUAUUCAUUUA